AGCGAUUCGCACCGCGUGGGUAGACAAGGGCGAGUGCAGUGUGCAGUGCGUACGGGUCGAGUCUUGUGUCGCUGAAAGCUCGCCGCGAAGCCUCCAGCUCCCGAGAGCGGCGGCACCGCGCGAGCGCCCGCCUCCGCCGACCGCCUCGCGUCAGUGCCGGGCCGGCCGCGCCGCAGACACCACGCUCCGGGCUCCACGAGACGCUCUUCAGCCCAGCUGGACUCUAGUGACAUAAACAUUUUACCGACCCGCAAUUGACGACCUCGACAUUCGCACUGACACUCAGUAACAGAGACGACGGCAGAUGGAUCGGCGGUGCGCGGCGGGGGCGCUGCUCGCGCUGGCCGCCUGCAUCGCGACCACGGCGGCGGCACCUACAGCCAGUAAUCAAACUGCACUAGAUUUAUAUGAAGGAGCUUCAGAGGGAUGCUACUACAACUUUCAGCACUACGGGGAAGGUGACCGCAUCAUGACAAACGAGCCCUGCCUCAACUGCACAUGCCACAAUCGAAUGCUGAUGUGUUACUUGAGGGUCUGCCCCUUCACCAAGCCCAUUGGCCAAGACUGCUCGGUUGAGAAGCGCGCUGACCAGUGCUGCCCUAUCGUCACUUGUCCUGAUGUUCCAGUUGACCUACUCACCUCGACUUCGACGUCAUCUCUGUCUGAAUAUGGCGAGACUGGACUCGGCAAACUGGACAGAUACGGCUGCAGUAUUAACGGGAAAUACUUCCCUGAGGGCUCCAAGGUGCCACCUUCUCCGAACAAACCGUGCGAACAUUGCUACUGCAUACGAAAUAUGACGACUUGUGUUAUGCAAGAAUGUACUCUUCAUGUGGACGGCUGUACUCCGAUUUAUCGCAAAGACGUGUGUUGCCCUGUUCGCUAUUCCUGUGAUCACCCCGAGGAUGAAAUACCACUCUUGGACGACAUGACCACCACAGUGCGACCUACACCAGGAUUCCUCUUGACCACCACAACUCUUGCACCUGUAACACAAAUGACACAAGAUUGUGUGCACGAUGACAAAAUAUUUGCAGAUGGUGCAUUAAUAAAAACAGAAAAGGCUUGCGAACAUUGUUACUGUAUGAAAGGUGACAUUGUAUGUGUAGUGCAAGAGUGUGGUACACCUAUGGAGAAUGAAGGCAAAAAUUGCACUUCCAUGCCUCCACGUGAAGGGCAGUGCUGCCCUGAUACCUACAUAUGUGAAGGUGAUGAAAUCACUACUGAAACGAAACCUGAUAUGGCUACUGUAACGCCCUUCGAAGAUAUAACUACGUUAUCUCCACCAAGAAGAGUUAGUGUAGAAGGUAGUGGAUAUAGAAGUGAAACGGAUGAGCCAUCGACCGAAGCAGCACCGUUGGAGCCAGAUACUGAGGGGAGUGGGGAAGAACAACCUUUCAAACCAACCGACGCCACUGACUUGCUUCUUCCGGAAAGCGAAACGUCUCAUCCGUUAAUUGUGACCGAACAAGAUGAAAUUCCAGACAAUUAUAGUCCAAGCACUAUUGGAGUACCAGAAACGGAACCAAAAACUACUGAAAAGACAACAACUGAGGCAGAUAGGGGAGAGAAUACUGUACCAAGUGGAGAAGAAGAGGACAGUACAGAUAUAACUUCACAUGAAACAACCACUACUAAGCUAGAAACAGAAAAAGAGUCCUCUUAUGAUGCUAAAACGACUGCAUUGCCUAUAAAUGAGCCUUCGUCAACAGACAAAACGACUUCACAUGAAGAAAUUACAGCUACCGAACCAACCAUUAUUGCAGAAUCAACUAUUUCUGAUCAAGAGGUACAUACAUCCCCAGCUAGUAUAGUUACUUCAGAAGACCAAGUAGCUGAAACCACAUUACCCAGUAGAAGGAAAGUAGAUGACGAAAUAAUGCCAAAGGAAACAACAACACUGAAACAUUUAGAAGAGUAUACCACUAAAGCAAGUGACAUCACAGCUCCAGAUGCUACAACCGAAAGUACCACUCAUUCAUCCAUGGAACAAGAAGUCAAAACUACAACUUCGCAGUUAAUUGAAAAAGAAGUUAAAGAAUCGACUACUGAGGCAUUCGUGGAACUAACUACGGAAUCUGAUCUUAUUAAAUCAGUUACUACGACUGUACAAUCUGAAACCGCUACUGAGUUUACUACUGCAAGCAAAGUUGACCUUUCUGAUAUUACAUCUGCAAAUCCUAUUGAAAACGAAAUUGAUGAGGAUUCAUUCCCCACAUUGGCACCAGGUAGAAUACCCGGUGAAGGUGAUUGCUUACUUGACGGCGUUACUUAUAGUCACGACAGUAUUGUACCUAGUACCAGCCAUUGUCACACCAGUUGUAGGUGCAUUAGUAGCAUUGUCAAAUGUGAACCAAUCCUUUGUAGUCCACCACCAGACUAUAUGGAUAACUGUCAACCAAUGUAUGACUCUCCCGAAUCUUGCUGUCCUACUUAUGUCUGUGACCAUCCCCGAGAAACUGUACCACCACAAUCACAUAGUCAAAUGGCAGGAACAGAAAGUCCUAUUACUACCCCUUCAAUCGAGUGUGAAGAGGACCAAUGUAAAAUUAACGUGGAUGAGAAAGAAACCACACCAUCUGUACCAUGCACAUCUGAAGGUUGUGCCGAUGAUUCCAAGGGUGUGGUUAAGCCUGAAGAAUGUGGAACUCAAGGAUGCGGUGAAGUUGCUAAAAAGCCAGAAGAAGCUCAUCCAUCAAUACCCACAGACGAGUGUAAAGGCGACAGCUGUUCAUCCUCACCGGAACGUUGUGCAUCGGGUAAAUGUGAAACUGGAAUUUCAAAUGAUCAAACGUGUAAUGGUGAACAUGGUUGUGAUUCACCACCUGUCAUUCCAACAUGCCAAGGCGAUGAUUGUGCAAGUCAACCUAACGUUACUGAUCCUAAGGAAAUUAUACCACCCUGUGCUGAUCCAAAAGGUUGCCAAGAUCAAAAAUGUGAUAAUGAAAAUGGUUGCGAAAUUUCUGUUAUUCCAACUUGUCAAGGAGAUGACUGCGCUAUUCAACCUGAUGUCACUGGUUCUAAGGAUGAUUCCACACAUUGUAGCAGUCCAGAUGGCUGUAAAGAUGUUCAGACUCCCGAAAAAGUAUUACCAUGCACAGGUCAGUCAUGCGUGUCUGAAUUAUCACCGCAGGUACCCCAAGAAUCACAAGAUUGUAAGGAUGGUAGUGAUUGCGGUCAAAGUAGUCAGACUCCAACUACCGGGGAAUGCAACGAAGAAGAAUGCAAAACACAGGAAAUUCCAGAAAUUAAUAAACCUCCUAGUGAUUGCAUUGGCACUCAAUGCACACAAGAACAAGAUCAUGUACCACACAUAACUGAUAUACCAGAGGUUAGUACAGAAUUUGUCCCAAGAUUAACUGAAUUACCUGAAGAACCAGAAACCAAAACUCAGGAACCAGUUACCGACUUACCAAAGACUACUGCUAUCGAAAAAGAAAUUGAAUCCAGUGGAACCACCAAAGCAUCAGUAUCAGAAAAAGAUGAGGAACCAGGUACAACCCCUCAAUAUAAUGAAAUAAGUGACAAGGAAAAUGAAACUCCAUCUAUUUCUAUGAGCCCUGAAAUAGUAACUGAGGCAACAGAGGGUCAACGGGAGGAGAGCAUUACUGCAAGUGGCGACAAACAAACAACAGUCAUUCUAUCAGAUAUGGUAACCAAGGUACAGGAUAGAGUGCCAGUAGUUCCAACUACAGAAAUAUCAAGCUUAACUGAUAAGGAUACUAAAGAAACAAUUACAGAAUUGCCAAGCUUUACUGGAACAGAGUUGCCAGAAUCAACAUUAAAACCAAUCGUCGAUACAGAGACCGAAGUCCCAGAAGAUGCUGCUAAAGAUAAGGAGACAAUUGACAUAACUACAACCGAGGCAGCAACUCGUGGCAGCUCUCCGAAGAUAACUGAAGAAACCACCGUAACACCAGAAAUGUUAACAUUGGCUCCUGAAUUACUAGACAGAGACGGCCAUGAAAAACCAACGAAGGAACCAGAAUAUGUACAAGAUACUGAAGAAAAAAUAACCGAGCCUACUGAACGUUAUACAUCUGCUCCUGAACAAAGCACUGAAAAGGUUGAGAUGAAACCAAUCCAAGAACAAGAGCCACAGGGUACGCCAACGACACCGAAAUCAUAUGAAGAUCAUACAUCCGUUCCGGAUAUUACCAUAACAGCAUCCCCUGAGGCACAAACUACUUUACCUGAAGAUGAAGACAAAAUAAUAACAGAAUUACCAGCAUCUCCUUCGACACCUGAAGAGCUUGCCACCAGUAAACCUCAAGAAACUGAUCAGACUGCCGGUGAUAUGUUAUUACCAGAUACUACUCAAAUAACAGACACUCAAGGCCCUGAGUUGAUUGCUACUGAAGGUACAUCGAAACCAGAAUACCAUCUCACUGAAAACAUUACCCCAGAUGAUAACGUAGUUACAAAGGCUCCAGUUCCCGAUAUUUCUGACGAAACUGAAAGUCAAACUGAGACGCCCAAACCGCUUAUAACUUUGCCUCAAGAAACGCCCGCCGAAGAAUCUGACGUAGACAAAGUCGCCGAAACACCGGCACCUGUUAUAGUUGACAUUCAAACGCAAACUCCUAUGUCCAUUGUGAAAGAUCAUGGAGACGAUGAAUUUGGUACAUCUGAACCAGCAAUAACUACUGAGCGUAUUACAUCAGAAUCAUCGGAAUCACCCCCUUCAACAAAAAUAACAUCGGAAGAAACAGUAUCUGAUAUUGGAAUUAAGCCCAGUGAAAGUGAUUAUCAUUCUGGUACAACCACAAAAUUACCUGCAAAUGAAUUGGGAACAUCACCUGUUGCGAUAGAUGUAACAGAAAAACCUGCGGUUGAUUUAGAUAAAACAGCUCCACAAACGGAAACUAGCACUGGUUCUUCGUCAGUAUCAGUACCAAUUAUCCAUGAACCAACAAGCUCGGAACCUUCUGUAACAGAAGCUGAUAUCCAAGAGCCUAGUAUGCCACAAGAAGGAACAAGUGACGAUAUUGAAACCAAAUCACCUACUUCCACCCCAGAGACCUCAGUAAAACCAACCACUGAAAAAGAAGAUGAAGAUGUUACUGAACUACCAGAAUUAAUAGUUCACGAGCACCCUACGGAACCAUCUUCAAUCGACAAAGGAUCUGAUCUACCUGCGACCGCAGAGCCUGCUACUAAAGAACCACAAGAAAUGUUACCGGAAACUGUAACGUCUGACGUACCAGUGGCACAUGACGAUCUAAGUUCAACUCCAGAAACACUAGAAAGUGCAUCACAAACUGCAAAACCGGAACAAGAUGCUUUUACAAAAGCACCGGAAUCUGACGCUGAGCUGUCUCACAGCCCUAAAACACCCUCAACUGAAGCACAGAAAGAAAUUACAGAAGGCCCAGAGUUACAUGUUACAUCUACUCCAGAAGUAAUUACUACAGAUGCCCUGAAGGAAGAAACUGAAUCACCGGCGAUCCAGCCUACCGUUACUAGUGCGCCUAAAAUAUCUGAAACGGAACCGCAAGAAAUAAUAACAGAGUCACCACCUCCUUUAACAGAAACAGACUUGUUUAUAACUGAAUCUCACAAAGAUACUACAGAAACCCCAGAACCACAUGCUAUGAUUACAAAGCCUUCUUAUUCUACUGAAACUGCCUCAGAGUCUCAUAAAGAAUCUCCAGCUAUGCCUGAAGAACCGGAAAUACAAUCCCACACGGAAACUACAAAACCACAAGAGGUUACAACGACUGUUCAAGAUAUAACUGUAACGGAGUCACACGGAGAACAAACGGAAACUCCAGAAUCACUAGAUACUGCAACGAAGGUGGUAAAUAUAUCUCAAGAAAAAUUAGAUAAGGACACUUCAGAAGAACCCAAGCGUCCAUAUGAGGUGACUGACGCACCAGAAAUAUCUGAAAAAGAAGGAGAUAUCACGAAAGCUCCAGAGGUCACAGAUGCCGCUACCAAUGUACCAGAUACCCCAGAAACAGAACCCAAAGACGAAGUAACCGAAGCUCCUGUGACAAAAGAUCUAACAACAAGUCUUCCUGAAUUACCUACAACAGAAACAGUAUCUAAGGAAGACACAAAGAUUCCUAUGAUAGAAGAAAAGGUAACAGUUCUUCCUGAAAUACCUGGUACUGAACCAUCAGUAGACGGUACAGAAGCUCCAACCUAUGAUGAUACUUCAAGCGACGCUCCAGAAAUACAUGUAACUGAAGCUCAAAAGGAAGUGACUGGUGCUCCAGCAGCUGAAGACAUAGUUACAAACAUUCCAGAGACUUUCAUUACGGACCAAGAUACACAAGCACCUAAUUCUCAGGAUACUGCAACGAUCUAUCCUGAAUUACCAGAAACAGAACCAAAGAAGGAAUCGACAGAAACUCCGGAAGUACCCGAAACUAGUUCAACUAUUCCCGAAACAUUGCCAACUGAACCGAAGAAAGAGAUAACAGAGCUGCCAGAAGUCCAAGGCAUUACAGAUGCACCAGAAGUUCCAGAUGAUACUAAAGUUCCUGAAACGGAACCGAAGAAAGAUAUUACAGGGGUAACGGUAUCCCAAGGCAUUACAGAUGCACCAGAAAUUCCAGCUGAUACUAAAACUCCUGAAACAUCUGACACGGUGCCCUCAGUGGAAGUAACAAAAGCCCCAGAUGCACAAACAGUGGCAACAACCACUCCAGAAUUAUCAACAGUUUCCGAAAAGGAAGUAACAGAAACACCAGGAUCACCAGAAGUAACCGUAUCAGAACCAUUUAAUGUACCAACAGAACCAUCAGAAGUACUGGAAUCUCAGAAACCAACUGCUGGUAUAGCUGAAAUUUCACCAGAAACGGUCACAAGCGCUCCUGAAAUGAUAGCAACGAAAUCUGAUAAGGAGAUAACCGAAGCGCCAGAACAAGAAUUUACUACUAAGACAGCUGAACCAUUAGAAACUGAACAUGAUACAGAAAAAUCAUCCACCACAGAAAAGGAAGAACCAAUAACAGACUCACCCUCAAAAAUGACGACCAAGUCUGAUGAUCAAACUAAAUCUGAACCACAAGAAUUCGUUACUCCCACCGAAUCAUCGAAACUCGAAACAGAAAUAUCGCUUACUACCGAAGUUGGAACACCAACUGAAGCAAGUGAAAGGAUUACAGAAUCACAGGCAAAUGAAUAUCCUUUCAAUGGUGCAGGUUCAGAUUCUGAAACAGAGAAACCUCAUGAAGGAAUAGAAAUCAAAACUGAACUACCAUUCGUGCAGCCCGAACAGACACAAUCACCCAUUCCUGUAGAAACAGAAACUAAAGCACCUGCAUCAAUUGAUACUGAGUCGGGUGCAACAGUACCACAAGAAUUGCCUGUUACAGAAAUGCAAGAUACAAGAAGACCAGAACCAACAAGUGCUCCAGUUGGAGAAGAUGUUACAAAAUCUCCAGAAAUUGUAGAAACACCAGAUAAAACAACAAUAGUGUCUGAAGAAGCUAUGCAAACUACGAAAGAAGAAUACCCAGAAACGACGCCAGACUUAGUAUUAUUAGAAGAACAUACGCAUAAAACUAUAUCUCCUGAUGUAGAAACAAGUACUAGUCCUUCCGACAUACCAUCAAAGGAAUAUGAAUUAUCGACACCUGAAGUAUCUACAGAAAAAGUAACGGAGUCUGUCCCUAGUACGGUCUCAGAAGAGUCACAGCAAGAAAACAAGGAUCAAAGCGUACCAGAAGUGACAGAAACUACCACACCUGAGAAAUCUACUGAUCCUUCGCCUGUUUCUGAGGAAAUUACCACAAUGUCUCCUUUACCUGAAUCUCUCGAUACUGACAAACCACAUGUCGUAGAAUCUAAUGAAAUUUCCACGUCCACGCCAACGACAGGCGAUGAGGCAGUUGAAACUGAGAAGCCCUUAGUACCAAGCGUUGAGCCUGAAUCAGAGAAACCACAAGAAACAAAAGCACCUGAGGAAGAAUUUAUCGUAGCAACCACAAAAUCGACUACUACCGAAGAACAAGCCACAACACUUUCACCGUUGCUUGAUAAAUUCGGCAAACCUGAGGACGAAGCCCAAAAACCGGUAGCUGAACCUGAAAAACCUCAACCGGAUGUUACUGAAGAACUACCGAAACCUGGGGCCAACGAUGUGCAACCUACGGAUGAGGCACUACCUGAUGAAGAAAGCCAUUUCCCACCGAGUGGCACUAGUGGUUACGGACAAGAGCCUGAUUACGGAGAAGAAGAUUCCUUUGGUCCCGGUACAUGUCGAUAUGGUGGAAAAGUAUACGUAUCUGCACAGCAAAUACCACGAGAUGAUCCUUGCGAUUUCUGCUUCUGCUUCAGAAGUGACAUUAUUUGCCUUCAACAAAGUUGUCCUCCUCCUAUUCAUGGCUGUCAUGAAGAACCUAUCCAAGGAUUCUGUUGUCCUCGGUAUGAAUGCCCUGUGUCCAUGGCGACCACUCUCAACGUUACGACAACAACGACAACUACGACAACAACGUUGCCACCACACUUCUUACCUCACGCCUAUAAGGGCGCUGCGCAGAGAAGAGGGUGUCAAAUAAAGGGUCACAGCUACAAAGUGGGAGAAGUCGUACGAGCAUCAUCAGGACCAUGUUUACAUUGCACAUGUGGAGGAGACGGUCAAAUGAAGUGCGACCCCAAGGUGUGUACGCCCGAGCCCAUGCUCAGACAGAUGAUUGCCGCGGCGGUGUCUGCGAAGCGACGGAGGUGAAACACCCCCGAGAGAUGACUCAUUCGCCUGCGACGUCACUAGGGUGAAGGACCUAUGUGAUAAUACUUCCAUCUACUCUUCUAUGCACAAGAAUAAUGCUCAAAUUAUCCCGAAGGAAGUAGUAGUGUAAGAUUUCGUGUCAUAUAUGGUAAUUUUUUUUUUAACUUUCAUAAAGUCAUGGCACGCACAACUCAAUAAUACUUGACUGUGAUUAAAAUUGAAUUAGAUUUUUCUAAAUCUGAAUUGUUAGUGUUUUCGGGUCUUCAUUAUUAAGGCUAAUUUAUUAUUAUUAUUUAUCUUUUCAUUAACAAAAGUCAGUGCCAAACGAUAGUGCUAAGUUGUAAUCGACUAUGCCUUUAUGAUAACAGAGUUUCGAAAUUUAUUAACACUUUAAAGUGAAACUGACCAAAGCGAAGCAAUUUAAUAUCGAGAAUAUUUAUAUGGAAACGACAAACAACAUCCAGCUUCGUGUCGUUGGUCGCUAGAUCGCCGAAAUCUUGACCAUUUUUACUUAUUUACACUUAAUUUACCGAAAUAAGUUUAGUCAAAAUCUUUGUUUUUACACGAUGUUAUAAUAAGCGAUCUAGUAUCGUGUAAAUAUGAAGUAACCCAUAAGGAUCCCUGAUGUAAAUGCCUUACUUAAUUUGUAAUAAUUUAUAUAUGUUAGGUGUAUAGUACUUAAGCCAUGUUUUAAGACCAGUGACUAUUAUAAUUUAGAAGUUAGAAAAAGGAAGCCACUUCAUGUUGAUAGGGUGAAAAGCGUCCGUCGACGAGAGCGGGCGCACGCGCCGGGCUGCCUUGGCGAGCGCUUUUCCUUCCUCCACGUCUGACAGAAAGUGACAUCACGACUGAUCUUGUUUUCUCUAAUUCGUGAAGGUGCACAGUUUUUACUAGCACUUAUUUAGUAAUAGUGACCAAUAUUUUUAAAAGUGUUUUGUAAAGAACUUUUUGCAAUAUGAUGUUAACGAGCAUAUUGUAGGAUCUUUUGUAACUUUUGAUAUUAAAGUGCUGGUAGACUUAAAUACAUGACCUUUCAUGUGUAACAGAUCAAGACGGGUACGGAAGUUGCACAGACUUUGCGGUCGUUUUGGAAUGAUAUUAUAUGUAAAGAUGUAAAUAACGAUCGCAUUAAUUCGUACAAACCUUCUUCUGUGUAUGUAAGUUGUAGUUAUAUUUCAUCUUAUUUAUUUAAAGUUGUAGUUUUGGUUGUAUAUCAUGAUGAGAUAGGUUGUCCAUGCGAGAAAAUAUUGAUUUUCUUUUAUAAAAAAUAUAUUCAGGUUUUCAGGAAAAUAGAUAAUUUUAUUUCAAAUCUAUUUUAUUUGUUUAAUUAGUUAUUGCCAAGCUACAAUCUAGCUGUCUGUGCUACUGUGCAAGAGAGUUUAAAUAAAAUAUUUCAAAUGAACGUA